UAUGUCACCUAGCACAAUUUCCUCAUUUCAUACAUUUUAUAAAUGAGGAAACUGAGAUCCAACAAGGUUAUAUAGUACAGCCCAGUUUGUGUUUGGACAAGGCUAAGAAUUAAGUUCCGGGGGUGGAAAGGGCCCAUAAAUUUGAGAAUAAGAGACAUGCCAUUCAUUGUGGUAUUCUCCAGCUCCUAGUCCGUUAAUAUUGAUCACAUGACCAACCAACUGACUGAUCUGACUGAAUGAAUGCAUGGAUGAUAUGUUCCUGCCUUGUGUUCCCUGGUAACCAGCUAGACCCACACGCCAUCCAUUCCAAACAGAGAUUAUUUCAUUGGAGAUAUGAGAGGGCUCUCUCCACUUGCUAAGAGAGUUUUCUUUACUGGCUGAGAGACAUUUUUCUUCCUUGAGUAUUGCUUCCUCUUCGUUGAUACUAACAGGAUAAAUAUCAGAGCCCUUACAGGAUGUGUGUGGUGUAGCACGACAGACAACUGGGGUUUCCUUUGAUGUAACUGUGGACUUGACAGCAUUAACAGAGGAAAGAUUGGUAGUCAGGUGCCCUGGUGUGUUGGUCCAGCAUUCGGGGAGAGCAGCCAUUGCUCCUGUGAUUGUGGAAGAGAUACAAUUGCAAGAGGUACCCAGUUCCACUGGAGAAUCAAAACUAAACAGAGCUAUUACUGGACGUUUCUUCUUCAGAAUCCAUGGUUUCGCAACUUUCCUUCGACUGUGUCCUGCUGCUGCUGCUGCCACUACUCACAAGGUCUUUGGAAGUGGAAUACAUAGUUGAAGUGGGUCAGAAUGCUGUUCUGCCCUGCACCUACUCUCCAGCCACUCCUGAGAAUCUUGUGCCUGUCUGCUGGGGCAAGGGAUCCUGUCCUAUGUUUGAAUGUCAUAGUAUGGUGCUCAGCACAGAUGGAAGGAACUUGAAAUAUCAGACAUCCAACAGAUACCAGCUAAAGAGGAAUUUCCACAAAGGAGAUGUGUCCUUGACUAUAGAGAAUGUGACUCUAGCUGACAGUGGGACCUAUUGCUGCCGGAUUCAAUUCCCAGGCCUAAUGAAUGAUAAAAAAUCAAACCUGGAGUUGGUCAUCAAACCAGCCAAGGUCACCCCUGCUCGGCCUACACGCAGAGACUUCGGUACAGCCUUUCCAAGGAUGCUCACCACCAAGGGAUGUGGCUCAGAGACACGGACACUGGAGGCCCUCCAUGAUAAAAAUCAAACUCAAAUACCCACAUUGGCUAACGCAUUACAAGACUCUGCUGUGACCACCAGAAUAGGCAUCUACAUUGGAGUGGGGAUCUCUGCUGGGCUGACUCUCAUUCUUAUCAUUGCUGCUUUAAUUCUCACAUGGUAUUCUUAUAGCAAAGAGAAGUUACAGAAUUCAAGCCUUGUCACUUUGGCCAACGUCGCUCCCUCAGGGUUAGCAAAUACAGUAGCAGAAGGAAUGCACUCAGAGGAAAACAUCUAUAUCAUUGAGGAGAACAUAUAUGAAAUAGAAGAUCCAUAUGAAUACUACUGCUAUGUCAGCAGCGAGCAACUAUCCUGACAACCCAGAGAUCUAACUCUUUAACCCCGCCAGAUCCCACUACUUCAUUUUUGAGCAUGGUAUCAUUGUGAAAACUAUGAAAUGUGUCAGCUGAUUGGUUUUAGAGGCCCUGUCCAUGGCCACCAAGCAGAGUUUUUACAUUUUGGGAGAUAAUUAGCUCACAUAGGGAUGGAACUGUGUCCUACACUGUAUUUAGGUACAACAUCACCUCUGUAUUUCAGCCAGUGGGGCUACCCAAUAUAGAGCAUGCUAAUCGGGGCAUUAGAGUUCAAAUGGGCUUUUAUAUAGAGUAGGAAUUGUUGGUUUUUUUUUUCUUUUAAUGUUUAUUCACUUUUGAGAGAGAGACAGAGACAGAGACAGAGGACGAAUGGGGGAGGGGCAGAGAGAUUGCGAGACACAGGAUCUGAAAUAGGCUCCAGACUCUGGGCUGUCAGCACAGAGCCCGAUGAGGUGUUCAAGCCCACAGACUGUGAGAUCAUGACCUGAGCCAAAUUUAGAUGCUUAACUGACUGAGCUACCCACGCACCCCUAGGCUAGGAAUUCUUAAUAUGUGGUCCCAAGAAUUCCAGGAAAUUCAGUCACAUGAUGUAUCCACAGAGCUACUGAAAAUAUAGGGAAAAUUAUGUGUUAAGAUAUGUGCAUGUCUUUUUGGUACAGAAAGUCUAAAGGGGCCACUGAGUUUCAAAGAGUUCUGUGACGCAUAAAAAAUUUAGAAGCUAUUAGAGGAGGAGUAGAUGGUCUCGAAGGUUCUCUCUGAGUCUCAAGACUUAUGCUUCUUUGAAUAUUGAUUGUUUCCCAGUAAGUGCCUCUGCACAGCUCUCCUUUGCCAGUUAUGUAGACUGCCUAGCAAGUCCUGUGGUGUGAAGGAGCUCCUAGAGAAAAAGGAAGUGUGCUCCGUGUGUUGCCAAGUUUUGCUUGGGGUACACUCAAAAGGAAAUAUCUCUGACCAACUUCUCCAUUCAUGGAGAGAACUGGAGCUAUGUUUUUCAUAGAAGAAGAAGCAGUGACUUGUACACAAAUUCUGUUUCCUGGUGGAAAGAAAGCACAGGGCUCCAGCAAUCUAUAUUUAUCGGCAUCAAAUCCUGUGAUGGAAAGGCUGUGGUCCCUAAACUUCAUUUCCAAGGUGGUGGCGACUAAGUUUGUCUUCUCUUACUCAUUGCCUGCCCAGUGCCUAGCACGGCUCUCCCACAUAAUAGAAAUGUACUAAAUGCUUUUGGAACGAAAAACAUAAGCAGAAAGGCAGCCUUCUGGAAAGACUUUUCCAUUGCAGAACUUAGAGCUCUUCUUGGAGAACUCACAGACACUCCUAAGCUCUCAAAUCUGUUCUUAUCUAGUUCAAAGUGGUGUUUGAUUCUUAGCUCAGGCCUUUGAAAGUCUGUUACUCUGUCUGUGUCCCCCUUUCUGCUGAGCCUCCUCAGUAUAUAAAGAAUCAAUGAGAAGGACCUGUUGCUGCCUGAAAACUACCCCUCCCAGGUAAUAACUAAAUCGCUGCAAUGCUGUAUGCAGAAAAUGUUGGUCACCACGGAUGUAGGCAGCCUGUUUAUUUCCAGGAGUCUCUGGAAGUUUUGUUGUGUGAAUUAUAAUGUUUGGGCUGCAUUUAGACAGUUUUGGGUAUCACUGGAUUUCUACUGGGAGAUAUAUAAGGGAGAUCAUUUCAUAAAAUUAUAGGGAGCAACUCUCAUACAAGAUGAAGAAUUAACUGUAAAUGUUUUAAAGUUAUGAAAUUCUAGAGGGAAAGGACUACAGACACAUUUGAACCAUAUCAAUGGUUCCCACCACCACACCCCUCCUGGAAAGAGAUUCUUAUCCUAUUAUUUAAAAAUCUUUAAACGAUGGUAUGUAUACAGGAUGAUUAUUGCAAUGGUGUUUGUAGGGGACUUUUUAUGUCAAUUGGGGAAUAGUUGAUUACUGUAAUCUCAACACACUUGUGCAUUUAAGUGGUUUCACUUAAGAAUUAAGUGGUUUCAUCAAUGAGCUGUUUUCCUAAUUCAAUGAAUAUUUAAGUGCUUACUAUGUGUCAGGUACUCUCGUGCUGAGACCAUAGAGGGAGACCAAACAGACAUAUCCCUGACCCUGUAGAACUUGUAGUUCAUCUGACAGUAAGGAGGAUUCAUUCCAUUCAUUCAGUUGGCAAACAUUUAUUGGCACCUACUAUGUGCCAGAUACUGUUCUAGUCCCUAAAAACAGCAGUGAGUUAAACAGACGAAAUCCUGAUUCUCGUGUAGCGUAUGUUACUUACUUGUCAGAGAAGAAUGCCAUAUUGCUAAGUAAAAAAAAAAAAAAAAGUUCUAAAAUAGUAUAUAUUGUUGAUGCUAAUGUUUUCUUUUGCCUUAAAAAAUCUAGAAGAAUAUUCCAAAAUCAAUAUGGCUAUCCCACAGGGGCAAAUGGUCAUGAGACAGACUUCCACUUUUUCCUUUUAUGUGCUUGUAAAAUUGCUUGAAUUAUUUUUUUAUAAUAAAAAAAUUAGAUUUAAGCAUUAUAGCAAUGUUUUUCUGUCUGCCCUCCUCAUCAUAGAAAUAAAUGGAGACUAGGAUAAGCUAAAUUCAAGGUCAAGGCUGGCAGUAAGCCAGGACUGGAACCCUGGUUGUCAGAGUGGGAUCUAUUCUACACCAGUUAUUUGGAAGGGGGAAGGUGGCAGAAUGGGGAACAGAAAUCUUCAAGGCUGCUCCAAAGGGCCCAGGAGGUCAAUGGGUAACUUAAUUAAAAACAAUGUAAUAAGACUGAACAUGUGGCUUGCUCUUAGAAGCAUCUUAGGAUUUUUUUCUCCAUAGCUCUUCCAUAAGAGACCCCAGGACAAAAGGGGGCUCCCUGAUCUUUUUAGACUGAAAAAGUAAGGUCUUCCCAUGUUUUAUCUGCAUCACUUCUAGAUUUUGAAUUCCCAAGGCAGAAAUUCCCAACAAUUCAAUCCCUCAUUAGUUGAUUUUCGGGUACCCCCCUCAUGCCUAUUCGUAUUUUUCAUUUCUUAUUUAAGUAUAAAUUCAAAAACUUAAGCUGAACACAAUUUUGUCUCCAUUUUUUAUUCAGAAAGUUUAGAUCCUUCUGGAGAAAAGUAUAGAGAGAUGCCCCAGAGCUGCAGUGUUUAAGAUUUUUCCACCACCUUUUUGUGGGACUCAGUUGCUAAGUGGGGAAAAAGAGAGGGGCCUCUGGACCAUUUGGCUGAAAAGUUCUCAAGCCUGAGGAGGGCUCAGAUUUUAGCCCAUUUUCAGGGAAAAUUUGUGCAAAGGAGCAGUAUGAGUCAGAAAUGUUUCAGGCUUGUAGAUCCUCUGUGUCUUUUUCUCAGUAAUGUUGACUACAAUGAUAAAGAUCAUUCCAAGUCACUCAUUUACUCAUGGUAGUGAUUAUCUUUUGUGAAUUCUUGUUUGAAUUCCUUCUGCUUAUGUGAGUCUCCUUUUCCAGAGAAAGCAGUGAGGCUUUUUUCUUUCUUUUCUUUUUUUUUUUUUAUGAUUGUUUAAGCUAUUCAUGUAUGGUGGUGGUGGUAAUGGGACGUCUGUCUAAAUGUGCACAUUAUUUUAAUGUAAUUGUUUUGUGGGUGGGUCACUUUUGGAAAAUAUUUCAUUAUAGUUUUAUAUUCUGUACUUGCAACCUGUUUUAUGGUAAGUUGAUAUAUCGUCCUUUGUAAUUUCUACAUUUUGUAUUCAUACUUUUUCAUUCAUUUAAACCUAUUUCAUGUAAAAUAGAAAUACUUCUUACUCCAAUGCAGUGCUUACCUUAUUUUUGUCAGCUCUGAAAUAUCCAUAUUCUAUAUAUCUAUAUCUGAUCUGUUUUAAAUUUUA